GGAUCCUGGAGGGGACCGGCGCGCCUUUCAGGUGAGGGCUUAGCGGAUGAAGGCGGCUGGCUGCAGGGUGCGCCUGCUGUGCGCUCCGCUCCGCGUCUGCCGUGAGCCGGGUGUGUGACAGGGUCGGGCGAGGGGCGCGCCGGCCACUCACCGCAUGCGCAGAGCCGGGAGCCCGCCGACCGGACUACAGCUCCCAGAAGGGACGUGUGGAGGCCGCCGACGCGGGGCGGCUGGCGCCAUCUUGAAAUCUGAUCCUCCGUCCUCUAGGCUUUGCGUCUGCGCGGGCGGCCGCUGGUGCUCCGGGACCCCAGUCUGCUAACUGGGGAGGACGCCGAGGACGCGGCGGCUGGCGGGAGAGACAGCUGGGGGGGAUAUGGCAGAGUCGGAGCGCGGCCCGCGCCGCUGUCACUCAGCAUCCCCCUAGGCGUUUCCACGCCCGCCCCCUGCCCUAGGGGCGGGGCUGACGGCUCUGGUACCCGGAGCCGGCGCGCGGGGCGGGGGUGCGCCCCUGCAGAGUGGGGACCCCGCUGGCCUGUGCCAUGCUGACCCGAGACCACCGAGGCGGGAGACAGAGCGCAGCGAAGAGCCGUUGAGUGGUCACCCGGUAGCCGCCGCCGCCGCCGCCGGGGGAAGCUUGGCACCCGGCAGGAGGGAAGAUGAAGGAGAGUUGCAGGAUCUGUGCCCGGGAGCUGUGUGGAAACCAGCGGCGCUGGAUCUUCCACACGGCGUCCAAGCUCAACCUCCAGGUGCUGCUUUCGCACGUCCUGGGCAAGGACGUCCCCCGCGAUGGCAAAGCCGAGUUCGCUUGCAGCAAGUGUGCUUUCAUGCUUGAUCGAAUCUAUCGAUUCGACACCGUUAUUGCCCGGAUCGAAGCGCUUUCUAUUGAGCGCUUGCAGAAGCUGCUGCUGGAGAAGGAUCGCCUCAAGUUCUGCAUUGCCAGUAUGUAUCGGAAGAAUAACGAUGACUCUGGCGCGGAGACCAAGGCCGGGAAUGGGACCGUUGACAUGUCCGUCUUACCCGAUGCGAGAUACUCUGCACUGCUCCAGGAGGACUUCGCCUAUUCAGGGUUUGAGUGCUGGGUAGAGAACGAGGAUCAGAUUCAGGAGCCACACAGCUGCCACGCUUCAGAAGGCCCUGGAAACCGACCCAGGAGAUGCCGUGGUUGUGCGGCUUUGCGGGUUGCUGAUUCUGACUAUGAGGCCAUUUGUAAGGUGCCUCGAAAGGUGGCCAGAAGUAUCUCCUGUGGCCCUUCUAGCAGGUGGUCCACCAGCAUUUGCACUGAAGAACCAGCGCUGUCUGAGGUUGGGCCACCUGACUUAGCAAGCACAAAGGUACCCCCAGAUGGAGAAAGCAUGGAGGAAGAGACGCCGGGUUCCUCCGUGGAAUCCUUGGAUGCAAGCGUCCAGGCUAGCCCUCCACAACAGAAAGAUGAGGAGACUGAGAGGAGUGCGAAGGAACUUGGGAAGUGUGACUGUUGUUCAGAUGAUCAGGCUCCGCAGCAUGGGUGUAAUCACAAGUUGGAGUUAGCUCUUAGCGUGAUUAAAGGUCUUGAUUAUAAGCCCAUCCAGAGCCCCCGAGGGAGCAGGCUUCCGAUUCCAGUGAAAUCCAGCCCACCUGGAGCCAAGCCUGGCCAUAGCAUGACAGAUGGAGUUAGUUCCGGUUUCCUUAACAGGUCUUUGAAACCCCUUUACAAGACACCUGUGACUUAUCCCUUGGAGCUUUCAGACCUGCAGGAGCUGUGGGAUGAUCUCUGUGAAGAUUAUUUGCCGCUCCGGGUCCAGCCCGUGACUGAAGAGUUACUCAAACAACAAAAGCUGAAUUCGCCUGAGACCACUGUAACUCAUCAGUCUGUAUCUGAUUCCCAUUUGGCAGAACUCCAGGAAAAAAUCCAGCAAACAGAGGCCACCAACAAGAUUCUUCAAGAGAAACUUAAUGAAAUGAGCUAUGAACUAAAGUGUGCUCAGGAGUCAUCUCAAAAGCAAGAUGGUACAAUUCAGAACCUCAAGGAAACUCUGAAAAGCAGGGAAAGCGAGACUGAGGAGUUGUACCGGGUGAUAGAAGGUCAAAAUGACGCAAUGGCAAAGCUUCGAGAAAUGCUGCACCAAAGCCAGCUUGGACAGCUUCACAGCUCAGAGGGUACUUCCCCAGCUCAGCAACAGGUGGCUGUGCUUGAUCUUCAGAGUGCUUUAUUCUGCAGCCAGCUGGAAAUACAGAAGCUCCAGAGGCUGGUACGACAGAAAGAGCGCCAACUGGCUGACGCCAAACAAUGUGUGCAGUUUGUAGAGGCUGCAGCACACGAGAGAGAACAGCAAAAAGAGGCUUCUUGGAAACAUAACCGGGAAUUGCGAAAAGCCUUGCAACAGCUACAAGAAGAAUUGCAGAAUAAGAGCCAACAGCUUCGUGCCCAGGAGGCUGAAAAAUACAACGAGAUUCGAACCCAGGAACAAAACAUCCAGCACCUAAACCAUAGUCUGAGUCACAAGGAGCAACUGCUUCAGGAAUUUCAGGAGCUCCUACAGUAUCGAGAUAACUCAGACAAAACCCUCGAAGCAAAUGAAAUGUUGCUUGAGAAACUUCGCCAGCGAAUACAUGAUAAAGCUGUUGCUCUGGAGCGGGCUAUAGAUGAAAAAUUCUCUGCUGUAGAAGAGAAAGAAAAAGAACUGCGUCAGCUUCGUCUUGCUGUGAGAGAGCGAGAUCAUGACUUAGAGAGACUGCGCGGUGUCCUCUCUUCCAAUGAAGCUACUAUGCAGAGUAUGGAGAGUCUCCUGAGGGCCAAAGGCCUGGAAGUGGAACAAUUAUCUGCUACCUGUCAAAACCUCCAGUGGCUGAAAGAAGAAAUGGAAACCAAAUUUAGCCGUUGGCAGAAGGAACAAGAGAGUAUCAUUCAGCAGUUACAGACAUCUCUGCAUGACAGGAACAAAGAAAUAGAGGAUCUUAGUGCAACAUUGCUCUGCAAACUUGGACCAGGGCAGAGUGAGAUAGCAGAGGAGCUGUGCCAGCGUCUACAGCGAAAGGAAAGGAUGCUGCAGGACCUUCUGAGUGAUCGAAACAAACAAGUAGUGGAACAUGAAAUGGAGAUUCAAGGCCUGCUUCAGUCUAUGAGCUCCAGGGAGCAGGAAAGCCAAGCUGCUGCACAGAAGAUGGUGCAAGCCUUAAUGGAAAGAAAUUCAGAAUUACAGGCCCUGCGCCAAUAUUUGGGAGGGAGAGACUCCAUGAUGUCCCAAGCACCUAUCUCUAACCAACGAGCUGAAGUUACCUCCAUUGGCCCCCCUCUUGGAGAGCAGACUGAGCAAGGUUCAAUGCAGAUACCUUCCAGAGAUGAUAGCACUUCCUUGACUGCCAAAGAGGAUGCCAGCAUACCCAGAUCCAUAUUAGGAGACUUGGACACAGUUGCAGGGCUGGAAAAAGAACUGAGUAAUGCCAAGGAGGAACUUGAACUCAUGACUAAAAAAGAAAGAGAAAGUCAGAUGGAACUUUCUGCUCUACAGUCCAUGAUGGCUGUGCAGGAAGAAGAGCUGCAGGUGCAGGCUGCUGAUAUGGAGUCUCUGACCAGGAAUGUACAGAUUAAAGAAGAUCUCAUAAAGGACCUUCAAAUGCAACUAGUUGAUCCUGAAGACAUACCAGCUAUGGAACGCCUGACCCAGGAAGUAUUACUUCUUCGGGAAAAAAUUGCUACAAUAGAAUCCCAGGGUCAAGAAAUUUCAGGAAACCGAAGACAACAGUUACUGCUGAUGCUAGAAGGACUAGUAGAUGAACGGAGUCGGCUCAAUGAGGCCUUACAAGCAGAGAGACAGCUCUAUAGCAGUCUGGUGAAGUUCCAUGCCCAUCCAGAGAGCUCUGAAAGAGACCGAAGUCUGCAGGUGGAACUGGAAGGGGCUCAGGUGUUACGCAGUCGGCUAGAAGAAGUUCUUGGAAGAAGCCUGGAGCGCUUAAACAGGCUGGAGACCCUGGCUGCCAUUGGAGGUGGGGCUGCAGGGGAUGACACCGAAGAUGCAAGCACUGAGUUCACCGACAGUAUUGAGGAGGAGGCCGUGCACAAUCGUCACCAGCAACUCGUCAAGGUGGCUUUGGAAAAAAGUCUGGUAACUGUGGAGACCCAGAACCCAUCUUUUUCCCCUCCUUCCCCAGUGGGAGGGGACAGUAACAGGUGUCUUCAGGAAGAAAUUCUCCACCUGAGAGCUGAGCUCCACCAGCACUUAGAAGAGAAGAGGAAAACUGAGGAGGAACUGAAGGAGCUAAAGGCUCAAAUUGAGGAAGCAGGAUUCUCCUCUGUGUCUCACAUCAGGAACACCAUGCUGAGCCUUUGCCUUGAGAAUGCAGAGCUGAAAGAGCAGAUGGGAGAAGCAAUGUCUGAUGGAUGGGAGAUCGAGGAAGACAAGGAGAAGGGCGAGGUGAUGGUGGAGACUGUGGCAGCCAAAGAGGGUCUGAGAGAGAGUAGCCUUCAGGCUGAGUUCAGAAAGCUCCAGGGAAAACUGAAGAAUGCCCACAAUAUCAUCAGCCUCCUCAAAGAGCAGCUCGUACUGAGUAGCAAGGAAGGGAAUAGUAAACUGACUCCAGAGGUCCUUGUGCAUCUGACCAGCACGAUCGAUGGAAUAAACACAGAACUGGUUGGUUCUUCUGGGAAGCACCAGCACCAAGAGGAGGGGACUGUGACUGUGAGGCCUUGCCCCAGACCCCAGAGCCUUGACCUGGGGGCUGCCUUCACAGUGGAUGCCCACCAAUUGGAUAACCAGUCCCAACCUCGUGACCCUCAGCCUCAGUCAACGUUUAGCCUACCAGGGUCCACCCAGCACCUGCGCUCCCAGCUGUCACAAUGCAAACAACGCUAUCAAGAUCUCCAGGAGAAGCUGCUGCUUUCAGAAGCCACUGUCUUUGCUCAGGCUAAUGAGCUGGAGAAAUACAGAAUCAUACUUAGUGAAUCCUCAGUGAAGCAGGACAGCAAGCAGGUCCAGGUGGACCUCCAGGACCUGGGCUAUGAGACUUGUGGCCGAAGCGAGAAUGAGGCUGAACGGGAGGAAACCACCAGUCCCGAGUGUGAAGAGCACAACAGCCUCAAGGAAAUGGCCCCGAUGGAGGGGCUGUGCUCUGAGCAGGGGCGCCGGGGCUCAACAUGGGCUAGUUCAUCUGAGAAGAAGCCCUUGGAGAACCAGCUAGGGAAGCAGGAAGAGUUCCGAGUGUAUGGAAAGUCAGAAGACAUCUGUGUCCUACGAAAGGACAUCAAAGAUCUGAAGGCCCAGCUGCAGAAUGCCAACAAGAUCAUUCAAAACCUCAAGAGCCGGGUCCGGUCCCUCUCAGUUACAAGUGAUUAUUCAUCUAGUCUGGAAAGACCCCGGAAGCUGAGGGCUGUGGGCACCCUGGAGGGGUCUUCACCUCAUAGUGUCACUGAUGAGGAUGAGGGGUGGCUGUCUGAUGGCACUGGUGCUUUCUACUCUCCAGGGCUUCAGGCCACAAAGGAUCUGGAGAGUCUCAUCCAGAGAGUAUCCCAGCUGGAAGCCCAGCUCCCAAAAAAUGGACUAGAAGGGAAGCUGGCUGAGGAACUGAGAUCAGCCUCAUGGCCUGGGAAAUAUGACUCCCUGAUUCAGGAUCAGGCCCGGGAACUGUCUUACCUACGGCAAAAAAUACGAGAAGGGAGAGGUAUCUGUUAUCUUCUCACCCAGCAUGCAAAAGAUACAGUAAAAUCUUUUGAGGAUCUCCUAAGGAGCAAUGACAUUGACUACUACCUGGGACAGAGCUUCCGGGAGCAACUCGCCCAGGGAAGCCAGUUGACAGAGAGGCUCACCAGCAGACUCAGCACCAAGGAUCAUAAAAGUGAGAAAGAUCAAGCUGGACUGGAGCCGUUGGCCCUCAGGCUCAGCAGAGAGCUGCAGGAAAAGGAGAAAGUGAUUGAAGUCCUUCAGGCCAAGCUGGAUGCUCGGUCCCUCACACCCUCCAGCAGCCAUGCCUUGUCUGACUCCCACCGCUCUCCCAGCAGCACCUCUUUUCUCUCUGAUGAGCUGGAAGCUUGCUCUGACAUGGACGUAGCCAGCGAGUACACACACUACGAAGAGAAGAAAGCUUCUCCCGGUCACUCAGAUUCCAUCCAUCAUUCGAGUCAUUCUGCUGUGUUGUCUUCUAAACCAUCAUCAACCAGUGCAUCUCAGGGGGUUAAGGCCGAAUCCAGCAGCAACCCCAUCAGCUUGCCAGCUCCCCAGAAUCCCCCUAAGGAGGCCAACCAGGCCCAUUCAGGCUUUCAUUUUCACUCCAUCCCCAAGCUGGCUAGCCUUCCUCAGGCAUCAUUGCCCUCAGCUCCAUCCAGCUUCCUGCCUUUCAGUUCCACUGGCCCUCCCCUCCUUGGCUGCUGUGAGACACCGGUGGUCUCCUUGGCUGAGGCUCAGCAGGAGCUGCAGAUGCUGCAGAAGCAGUUGGGAGAAAGUGUCAGCAGAGGUGGCCCUUCCCACUACCUCAACUCUGCGCAGCCUCACUCUCCUCCAAGGAGCACCAUAGAACUGGGAAGAAUCCUGGAGCCUGGGUACCUGGGCAGCAGUGGCCAGUGGGACAUAAUGAGGCCUCAGAAAGGGAGUGUAUCGGGGGACCUAUCCUCAGGCUCCUCUGUGUACCAGCUUAACUCCAAACCCACAGGGGCUGACCUGCUGGAAGAGCAUCUCGGUGAAAUCCGGAACCUGCGCCAGCGCCUGGAGGAGUCCAUCUGCAUCAAUGAUCGCCUACGGGAGCAACUGGAACACCGGCUGAGCUCUACUGCUCGUGCAAGCGGAUCCACCUCUAACUUCUACAAUCAGGGCCUGGAGUCCAUACCUCAGCUCUGCAAUGAGAACAGAGUCCUCAGGGAAGAAAAUCGAGCACUUCAGGCUCAACUGAGUCAUGUUUCCAGAGAGCACUCCCGGGAAAUGGAAAGCCUGAAGGAGGCUCUGCUGUCCUCUCGAUCCCACCUUCAAGAGCUGGAGAAGGAGCUGGAGCACCAGAAGGUGGAAAGGCAGCAGCUUUUGGAAGACUUGAGGGCGAAGCAGCAAGAGAUCCUGCAUUUCAGGGAGGAACGUCUUUCCCUCCAGGAAAAUGACUCCAGACUGCAGCACAAGCUGGUCCUCCUGCAGCAACAGUGUGAAGAGAAACAGCAGCUCUUCGAGUCCCUCCAGUCAGAGCUACAAAUCUACGAGGCACUUCAUGGCAAUUCCAAGAAGGGGCUGAAAGCUUACAGCCUGGAUGCUUGCCACCAAAUCCCUUUGAGCAGUGACCUGAGCCACCUGGUGGCAGAGGUACAAGCUCUGAGAGGGCAGCUGGAGCAGAGCAUUCAGGGGAACAAUUGUCUGCGACUGCAGCUGCAACAGCAGCUGGACAGCGGUGCUGGCAAAGCCAGUCUCAGCCCGUCCACCGUUAACCAGAACUUCCCAGCCAGCGCUGACCCUGGAAACAAGCAGCAGCUCCUCCAAGAUUCAGCUGCUUCCCCUCCGGUCCGGGAUGUUGGUAUGAAUUCCCCAGCUCUGGUCUUCCCUGGCUCUGCUUCCUCUACUCCUGGCUCAGAAAUGGCCACAAUCAACAGAACAAAUGGCUUGAGUUUGAAUACUCCUCCAGGGAUGAAGACCCCUCCCAAGCUGGAGGGUGAUGCUACUGAUGGCUCCUUUGCCAAUAAGCAUGGCCGCCAUGUCAUUGGCCACAUUGAUGACUACACUGCCCUGAAACAGCAGAUUGUGGAGGGCAAGCUGCUGGUCAAAAAGAUAGCAUCCCUUGUGAGAUCAGCAUGCAGCUUCCCUGGCCUUGAAGCUCAAGGCCCAGAGGUGCUGGGCAGCAAAGGCGUUCAUGAGCUUCAGAGCCGCACAAGUGCCCUGCACCACGCCCUAGAGGAGUCGGCCUCCCUCCUCACCAUGUUCUGGAGAGCAGCCCUGCCGAGUACCCACGCCCCUGUACUGCCUGGCAAAGUGGGAGAAUCAACAGAAAGGGAACUUCUGGAACUGAGAACCAAAGUAUUCAAACAGGAGCGGCUCCUUCAGAGCACAGCUGAGCGUCUGAAGACUGCAAACCAGCAGAAGGAGAGCAUGGAGCAGUUCAUCGUCAGCCAGCUAACCAGAACACACGAUGUUUUGAAGAAGGCAAGAACUAACUUAGAGGUGAAAUCCCUAAGGGCUCUGCCGUGCACUCCAGCCUUGUGACCCUUGCCUUCCAGGAACCAUGCAAGAAGCGCAGCCGCCCGAGGUCCUUAAAACAGCAGGAAGGGUGGGCCUGUCCCCGUUUUGUGCAGCUACCUAUCUGCUGAGGAGCCUCUGGGCCUCAUUCCUCCAAGUCCACUGGAGGGUCCAGAAGAGGGAGUCAGAAGUGCAUCCUGGUGGAGCGGGAAGAAAGGCAGAAAGCCUUUCUGACAGCUAUGGAAUACUGUUAGCCAAGGCCCACUUGGCCCAGCAUGAAGCAAAGGAUGUGUAGUUUGCAUGGAAGGUUUUGUGAGACUGCUUCUCAACAGCCCCAGCAGCGUGGGAACCAGCAACAGCACACUCCUGCCUCGUCAGCUGCCCUGAGAUGGAAAACUCAGUGAAGACAGGACCCUAAUUCUGAUGAAUGAAGCAUGUGGUCCCAAUGCCGGAGCUCCUCUGGCAGGUUCUAAAAGCACAAUACUGAGCAGCAGUGCCCUGCUGGAUAGUACUGGUGGGGACUCAGUGAGCGCUGCUCACAGAUCCACCCCUGACCCUGCUGGGUCGAGUCAGGCUGUGCUUUGGUCUGCCCUGUGGCAUCUGCGUUCACAUCAUGAAUGCGGUGACUUCCCAGAUACCAUCUCAGGCUUAAGCUAGCACAUCCUAUUUCUUUUCUUCUAUGAUAUCCAAAUUGGACUGACCUCACUUCAAAUACACUGUCCCAUUUUGUCAUCCUUUCUUACCUCAGGGAAACUGGGGACUGAUGGCCAGACCAAUUCUGCUGAAAUUCUUGCAUAGAGCAAACGUGUGCUCAUUUUUAAGUGGCAUGGGAGAGGUCCCCAGCCAUAGUAAAGCCCAGUCGGUGUCUUCACAGUGCAGAUAGAAUAUGUUUGUGUGUAUAAAUGUAUGAUACAGAUUUAUAUAUGUUGCUAUCACCAUAUGUUGAAGGCCAAUAUAAUUGGUGGACCGGGUGGGUAAGAGAAAAUGAAAGUCUUUUUGGUGAUUAUUAAAGCAAAAUGUGUAUAAAGAAAUAAAUAGUUUUUCUUUCA